CCAGGUUUGCUGAGAAAGAAUUAGAGAGGCAGCCCUUGGACAGAAGAAGGAUUUCCAGUGGGAGAGUGGAUCGGUGUUCAACACUCUCCUGAGAACUAGGGAGUGAGAUUAACGGAGACGCCUGUGGUUGGAACAGAGAGUAAAAACAGCAACAAGGGCUGGGAAAAGCCAUGACUCUGAACAAUGUCACGAUGCGUCACAGCAGCAACACCUUACAAUCGCAGCAGCAACGCUGGAGCAUCCCAGCGGACGGGAGAAACCUUGUGGUCCAGAAAGACCCCCACGAGUGCAACCGACACAAAAGGUACACCGCCAACCCCGAAGAGUAUUACCGAAGAAGCUGGUCGUCGGAGUCUUCUGACUCUGUCAUCUCCUCCGAGUCAGGAAACACCUACUACCGAGUGGUACUCAUUGGGGAGCAAGGAGUUGGCAAGACAACCAUUGCCAACAUCUUUGCAGGCGUGCACGACAGCCUGGACAGUGACUGCGAGGUGCUUGGAGAAGAUACUUAUGAACGAACCUUGCUGGUAGAUGGUGAAAGUGCAACUAUCAUACUAAUUGACAUGUGGGAGAACAAGGGUGAAAACGGAUGGCUCCAAGAUCACUGCAUGCAGGUUGGGGAUGCAUAUUUGAUUGUCUAUUCCAUCACGGACCGUGCAAGCUUCGAGAGAGCAUCUGAGCUCAGGAUACAGCUCCGCAGGGCACGCCAGUCGGAAGACAUUCCCAUUAUUUUAGUGGGCAACAAAAGUGAUCUCGUUAGGUGCCGGGAAGUCUCCGUUUCAGAGGGCAGGGCCUGUGCUGUUGUGUUUGACUGCAAGUUCAUCGAGACCUCGGCGGCCGUCCAGCACAAUGUGAAGGAGCUGUUUGAAGGCAUUGUGCGUCAAGUGCGGCUCAGGAGAGACAGCAAAGAGAAGAACGAAAGGAGGCUGGCAUAUCAGAAGCGGAGGGAGAGCAUCCCCAAGAAAGCCAGGCGAUUCUGGGGCAAAAUCGUAGCCAAGAAGAACAAGAACAUGGCCUUCAAACUUAAGUCCAAGUCUUGCCACGAUCUCUCUGUCCUUUAGGAACAUUGGAUCAUCCCGAGCAUUCUCUUUCCUGGACCUUCUUCAACUCUCUUCUGAACAAUAAAUCAAUCUAUAUUAGAUUGGUCAACAAGAAACGCAAAUCUGACUUGGACUCACAGUUGUGAUUAUUCUGAUGAAAUGUGCCAGCAAUAAGGACAGCCUAAUGCAUGCAAGGAUGAAGAAAUGCCAUUUAUACUUUCCAGUUUAUAGUUUAAGUGUGUGAGUGUGUUUGGGUUGGGGCGGGACAGAACUUUUGUCUUAUAAACAAUAACAUUCCAAACUUACAAUGAGACGUUUCCAAGGGGGGAAGAAAACUCUUUCCCUUGUUGCCUUUUAGAUAAUAGUAUAAGAAAUCGGAAAGCAUCGUUUAUAAAACGGAUGCUAUCUUUUUGUUAUUAUUUCUUACUAAUUCUGUAAGCCAAUGAAAAAGGGUUCCCACGAGAUAUGCCUUCUCCCUAAUCAACCAGUUGACUUUCUUAAGUGCCCGCAGCUGAAAAUCUUUGUUGGUUUGAUAUCAUUUAUCCCAAUGAAUAGAAAGAUAUCAACUGCAGUCAGAUAUUCAAGUGUUUGGUUAAAUGGGAGCAUUAUUUACAGUGGGUUACAUUGCCACAGAACACUAUGGGAGAUGAAUGUGAAUUUCACUAAAUGGAUACUUGUAGUUAGAAUAUUGGAGAUAUUAACUACUAAUGGCUGUAGCCCUAAAAACCACUUACCUAGGAGUGAGGAGUCCCAGUGAGCUCAGCAAGGCUUACUAUUUUGUAGGCAUGUGCAGGGUUGCACGGUAACUGUAUAAUAAGUGUUGAAGUGUUUCCUUGAUGCAUAUGGAGCCAUUUGAUUCUCUUAAAAAAUAUAGGUAUAGGAGAAAACUGUAAUACAACUUUCUGUUGUGUUGUAACUCAAAAUUGUUUAUAUUGCUAGAAUAAGUAGGAAACAUAAAACAUAAAAUCAAGUGCAAAAUGCCAAGUUUUGGGAAAGAAAAUCUCCUUUUCUAAUAAACCACACAGAGAUUUUGUGCUGAAAUCUCACAUUUGUAUUAUGCCAUUGUAACUUUAUAUUUAUUGUCUUUCAACUAUUUGCAUUUUUAAUGGGUGAACUGUUAGGAGUGGGAGGGAAGGGGGAGACUUGGGGUUGAAAUGUAUUUAUUAAGUGAUUUCUUAAGAAAAACAAUUUUAUUACUGUUUUCUAUAUGAUGUCUUUUGGACUAUUUACAUGCCUUGUAAUAAAUCAAUAAAAAGGUUUCACUGCCUUUGAACCUAGCAAGAAAUCUCAAACUUGAUUGAAGCUUAGCUCAUACAAGAAAAGUUGCUGAUUUGGUGUUACUUGUUUAGAAUGGGAGAGAAAUUUGAUAGGUUCACAUUUUGAUGCGAAACAGCUUCAUUUACAAAUCAAUGCAUGAAUUGAAAAAUAGUUAUCCUGUAAAAGUCACACUUCAGAUUUUGCAAUGCUGCUUCCCAAUGAAAAAAAAUGCAUUUAAAAAGUGCACAAUGGGGAAAGGGGCAUGCAAAAAUGUAUAUAUUAGUGAAAAUAACAUGAGCAUGUUAGGAAAUGCAUUAUAAAAUUGCAUUUUAUUUGGGACUGAAAUUGGCUUCCAUUGCUUUUGUGUUACUUUUCGUUUCCCCUUAAACUCCCCCCACUAGCACAGCUAUGAGGCAAGGUAAAG